AUGACAGACAUCGAAGAUCACGAGGGAAACGGAACAGCUAUCGACGGGUUCUACGCCGACGACAAUGGUGGCCGCGGCGGCGAAAUCGAGGAUCUCAUUGACUCCAAAUCUAAGAGAGAAACGCUUGACAGCGAAAGAGAGCCUUCAAGAAGCAAAGAUAGAGGAGAAAGAGAGAAGAGCCGUGAUAAAGACAGAGAAACUGAUCGAAGAAGCAGGGACAGAGAUGGAGAGAAGAGCAAGGAGCGAAGCAGAGAUCGUGAGCGUCAUCACAGAAGUAGCCGACACAGGGAUCACAGCAGAGAGCGCGGUGAAAGAAGAGAGCGCGGUAGCAGAGACGACGACGACUACCGCCGAAGCCGCGACCGUGACUAUGAUAGGCGUAGUAGAGAUGAUAGAGGAGAUAGAAGACGUCACCGUGAUCGCAGAACAAGGUCACGAUCUCCAUCGAAAAGUAAGCGUGUUAGUGGAUUCGACAUGGCUCCUCCAGCCUCUGCCAUGAUAGCUGCUGGUGGUGGUGCUGCUGUUACAGGGCAAGUUCCUCCUGCACCACCAGCUCUUCCUGGUGCUGGAAUGUUCCCCAACAUGUAUCCCAACAUGUUUCCUUCACAGGCUGCUCAGGCGCCAUUUGGGGGACUCUCUAUGAUGCCAAUGCAGGCCAUGACUCAGCAAGCGACUCGACAUGCUCGCAGAGUCUAUGUUGGUGGACUUUCUCCUACAGCUAAUGAACAAUCUGUGGCUACGUUUUUCAGUCAAGUCAUGGCUGCUGUGGGAGGAAACACUGCUGGUCCAGGCGAUGCCGUUGUUAAUGUCUACAUCAACCACGAGAAGAAGUUUGCCUUUGUGGAGAUGCGAUCUGUUGAAGAAGCAAGCAACGCCAUGUCGUUGGAUGGGAUUAUCUUCGAGGGAGCUCCGGUGAAGGUGAGGAGACCUAGUGACUAUAACCCGUCUUUAGCAGCAACUCUUGGCCCGAGCCAACCUAGUCCGCAUCUGAACUUAGCCGCUGUUGGUCUGACUCCAGGUGCUUCUGCUGGUCUUGAGGGUCCUGACCGGAUUUUCGUCGGUGGGCUUCCGUAUUACUUCACCGAGGGACAAGUCAGAGAGUUGUUGGAGUCCUUUGGACAACUUAAGGGCUUUGAUCUUGUAAAAGAUCGAGAAACUGGCAACUCUAAAGGAUACGCCUUUUGUGUGUACCAGGAUCUCUCUGUUACAGAUAUCGCCUGCGCUGCCCUAAAUGGUAUCAAGAUGGGAGAUAAGACUCUUACUGUGAGACGUGCUAACCAGGGGACAAUGCAGCCGAAACCUGAACAAGAGAGUGUGUUGUUGCAUGCACAGCAGCAGAUUGCUUUUCAGAGGAUUAUGUUACAGCCAGGCGCAGUGCCAACAACAGUGGUAUGUCUGACUCAAGUUGUUGCAGAGGAUGAGCUGAGAGACGACGAGGAGUUUGAAGAUAUUAUGGAAGACAUGAGACAAGAAGGCGGAAAGUUUGGUGCGUUGACAAACGUCGUGAUUCCGCGACCUAGCCCCAAUGGUGAGCCAGUUCCUGGCCUUGGCAAGGUGUUCUUGAAGUAUGCAGAAACUGAGAGCUCAUCGAGGGCAAGAACAGGGAUGAAUGGCAGGAAGUUUGGUGGGAACGAAGUGGUUGCUGUGUUUUACCCUGAAGACAAGUUUGAGCAAGGAGAUUAUGGAGCCUAG